UGAUUGAUUUCUCCAAUUUUGGUUAUCUGUCUAUUUGUGGGUGAAAAAAGCAUCACGUGAUCCGUUUUUUUGAUCAAAAUUUUGAACAGUGAGAGAAUGAGACAGUGGCGAACUAUAAACCAAAGAAGUCAAUGGUUGGUUGAUCAUAACGAUAUAAGUUCAAUUGAUUAAACAACUACUAUAUCCAUAUAUCCCCAUAAAUCAUAAUGUCCACAUUAGAAGAAUUGGAGAAUGCCCAACAAGAAGAAGAUUUAGUGGAUCAAGAAAUCUUAAACUCUUCAACAUCAGAUAUCACUAGUCGAACUAAACUUUUAGAUAAUGAUAUAAAAGUAAUGAGAUCAGAAUAUCAAAGAUUAAAUCAUGAAAAAAAUGUAAUGACAGAUCGAAUUAAAGAUAAUCAAGAGAAAAUCAAUAAUAAUAAACAAUUACCUUAUCUUGUAGGGAAUGUGGUUGAAUUAUUAGAUUUGGAUGUUGAAAAAGAAGCCAUUGAACAAGGUGCAAAUGUUGAUUUAGAUGCUGCUAGAUCAGGUAAAUCAGCCGUUAUAAAAACUUCUACCAGACAAACUAUAUUCUUACCUUUGAUUGGAUUGGUUGAUCCUUCAACUUUAAAACCAAAUGAUUUAAUUGGGGUUAAUAAAGAUUCAUAUUUAAUAUUGGAUACUUUGCCGUCAGAAUAUGAUUCAAGAGUUAAAGCUAUGGAAGUUGAUGAAAAACCAACUGAAAAUUAUACUGAUAUUGGAGGUUUAGAUAAACAAAUUGAAGAAUUAAUUGAAGCAGUAGUAUUACCUAUGAAACAAGGUGAAAAAUUCCAAACUCUUGGUAUUAAACCUCCAAAAGGAGCUUUAAUGUAUGGACCUCCCGGUACUGGUAAAACUUUAUUAGCUAGAGCUUGUGCUGCUCAAUCAGGGGCAACAUUUUUAAAAUUAGCUGCUCCUCAAUUAGUGCAAAUGUUUAUUGGUGAUGGAGCAAAAUUAGUUCGUGAUGCCUUUGCAUUAGCUAAAGAAAAAGCUCCAACCAUUAUAUUUAUUGAUGAAUUAGAUGCUAUUGGUACUAAAAGAUUUGAUUCUGAUAAAAGUGGGGAUAGAGAAGUGCAAAGAACAAUGUUGGAAUUAUUAAAUCAAUUAGAUGGGUUUGAUUCCGAUGAUAGAGUUAAAGUAUUGGCUGCUACCAAUAGAGUUGAUACAUUAGAUCCUGCUUUAUUAAGAUCAGGUAGAUUGGAUAGAAAAAUUGAAUUUCCCUUACCUUCUGAAGAAGCAAGAGAAUCAGUAUUAAAGAUUCAUGCUCGUAAAUUGAAUUGUGAUAAUAAUUCGGUAAAUUGGAGAGAAUUAGCAAGAUCAACUGAUGAAUUUAAUGGUGCUCAAUUAAAAGCUGUUACGGUUGAAGCCGGUAUGAUUGCAUUAAGAAAUGGGAAAUCAAUUAUAAAACAUGAAGAUUUCGUUGAUGCUAUUAGUGAAGUACAAGCCAGAAAAUCAAAAUCAGUAAACUUUUAUGCAUAGUAUUAUUGUUAUAUAUAUAUAUAUAAAUCCAAUAUACUCUCUUUAACUAUAAUAUACAAUGAAAAAUGAUCUAAACCAACGUGAUAACACCAUUCUAAGCAAUGGUAGUGGUAUUAUUCUGAGAUUUCUUUAAUUCAUCUCUUAAUUUAUUGGAAAAUUCAUCUUGAUUAUCAUCAUCAUCCCAAUCUUCUUCCCAUAAAUUAGCAGUAUUAACUUUGGGUUCAUUAUUAAACUUAUCAUCUUCAGGGAAAUCUUCAAAUUCGUCGUCUUCUUCCAAGGUCUUGAUCACCUUUUGUUCUUCUU